CGCCUCGAUGACUACUAGAAUAUGCAUGAAAGAAACGUACAACUCUCGUGAAAGGAAAGAAACACUGCAAACUAAUUUUACAUAUUUCCACCGAAAUGUGUACGGUAAGCGAGAGCUGAGAACAGUGCACUUUAUCGCGAGAUUAUGCCUAUAAUUACCCAUCGCUGCGCAUCACUUCAUUUUGUUCAAGCAGACUUGCGUAAUCGACGUGCAAACUGAAUCGCCGACUGAAGAGUUUCACGAAGAUUGCAAUUGACAUUAAAAUAAAGACCGAGCGCGAUGAUAACGGAACGCCAUUAUAUUAAAUUAUAUCGUCAUCUACUUCUCUCAUUCAUCGAUAAGUGAAAUUCUCCGUUUCUUCCGCGAGAAGUAGGUCGCAAAUACGUGCUAGUAUACGUGAAACGAGAACGGAGUUUACGCGACCGGGUAUGUCGAACAGUCUUCUUAUACUUGCAUCUUUUCGAUAAAAAAAAAAAGAAAAAAAAAAAAAAGAGUUCAAGGCUCGUCGCAAAAAGCCGCGAAAUUAAACUCGACCUGAGAAUUAUUUAAAAUCCGCGAUCGAUGCGCAAGAGCGGGGAGGACACGCGCGGUGUCCGUCCUUCCUAUAGACGCAGCAGUUGUGUUGUGUGGCCUUCGUGUGGCAUCGUUAGCUUUUUGUGCGAAUAAUGAGGAGUAAGCGCGUUAUCGCCACUCGUACCAUUUGAAAAAAUGUCACGAUUAGCCACACAGGCACGAUAUACUUUCAGUCGCAUUCGGUCGAAACCGCGAGAGCAACCUCUCGCGAAAGGAGGUCUUCGGAUGUCACGAGCGAUUACUGUUGCGCAAGAAAGAAAGCGCAUAGUUCGCUAUACGUCUGAAAGUAGCGCGCGCAGAAAACACGUGUUGAAAGCGAGCAGCAGCUCUGAUUGCCGAGGCGACGCGCACGAAACUAAUCGCGAUAUCAGAGCAGCGCAACUGUGAGAACUCGCUCGAGUUGCCGAAAGGAGCCGCGAUGCGGAAAGCGGUGCUAGGACUCACACACGCUGUCCGUUCGUGAUGGAAAUGACACGUAGAAACAAAAGCGUUCACCCGUAAUCCCGUGCCAAACAUGCAAUCUCGCAACAGUGGACUCGGACAAUUUUAUCAGACUUAACCUAAUCUAAUCGCGGGGAGUCAAAUACACGUGGCGAAAUUAAGCAAGGAAAUGUUCUUCGGCUCUGACGGACAUGGUGAAGGAAAAACCGCGUAGUCGAAGCGUGAGCGAUUUGCUCGAUUGGAGAUGCGUAGCCGAAUGCAAGAACACCGUCGCCGUGAUCGACGAUGGAGGACUCUUUUUGGAGGACCGUGAUAAGGAGCCGGAAACUCGUAGACGGAAACGAUCCGAUACAUGGCCGAGGACAAGGAGUUUAAAUGCACCCAAUCCGUAUCAUCUGUUCGGGCGAUGCGGGCGUAUCAUGAAAAAUUCUGCGUCCAUUGUAGCUAUCCAAGACCCGGCUUCUCAGAGGUUGACGUGGUACAAACCACCGCUUACUGUUCUGGUCAUCAAAAAAGUUCGCGACUCGGCGGUCUUGCCGCCGUUUGUGGAGAUGGUCACAUGGUUAAUACAGGAAAAGCAAAUGGUGGUCUUUGUGGAAGCUUCUGUUCUGGAAGAUCCGGCUUUAGCCAAAGACCCUAGAUUUCAAGCUGUGCGUGACAAAUUGCAAACUUUUAGGGACGGAGAUGACUUGCAGGACAGGAUAGAUUUCAUAAUUUGUUUAGGCGGUGACGGCACUCUUCUCUACGCUUCUCUGCUGUUCCAACAGUCAGUGCCGCCUGUGAUGGCAUUCCAUCUUGGUUCCUUGGGCUUUCUCACUCCCUUUGAGUUUGAUAAUUUCCGAGACCAAGUAACGAACGUUCUCGAAGGUCACGCAGCCUUGACUCUAAGGAGUCGUCUUCGAUGCAUUAUCGCGCGCAAGGACGAUGGCGAUCAACCGGACAAACCACCUACGAAGCUGCUGGUGCUGAACGAAGUGGUGGUAGAUCGGGGGCCCUCACCUUACCUGUCAAACAUCGAUCUCUUUAUUGACGGCAAGCACGUGACAAGCGUCCAGGGUGAUGGCUUAAUCGUAAGCACGCCAACCGGAUCGACUGCCUACGCGGUUGCCGCCGGUGCCAGCAUGAUGCACCCUUCAGUUCCUGCCAUCAUGAUCACACCGAUCUGCCCUCACUCUUUGUCCUUCAGGCCGAUCGUCGUACCUGCCGGCGUCGAACUCAAGAUAAUGGCGAACAACCAGGCCCGUAGUACAGCUUGCGUCUCUUUCGACGGUCGCAAUCAGCAAGAGCUGUGUGUUGGUGACAGCUUAAAAGUGACUACUUCUAUUUACCCGGUGCCUAGUAUUUGCGCGACCGAUCAGAUCACCGACUGGUUCGAUUCACUAGCCGAAUGUCUUCACUGGAACGUGAGGAAGCGACAGAAGCAUUUGGAUGAACUGAGCGACCUUACACAUUCGUCCAGCAACGACACUCUGGACUCUCUCGAUCGGGACAGCUAAGUCGUAUCGUCCACAAACGGCAAACACAAUAGCACACAAUCGACAAUAUUUGGCCAAGUCUUCACGCACUCGACUGAGAAACCCCAUGAAUCAAAAAUCGACCGGACGGACAGUACAGUAAACUGUACUGAUACAGCGCCCCCGAUUGAUUCGUCGGAAUGAAGGGCUUUAAAAUGCGAUAUUAAGAAAACCGCGUGUAUAUGUCAAGGAGCGAUCACACAAAGUUAGUAUUUUAUCGAUGUCUUUUUCGCGCAUCUCGUAACAUUUUCGAUGACACAAUGAGCAAUCGAGGAAUUAACGAGGGGGAAAUAUCGUGCUAGUAUCUCAAUGAAAUUGUUGCCGUUCUCCAGACUAUCGCGUCAAACAGCGCGGUCAGUAAAUGUCGGUAAGGUUGUGUUCUAAAACCGUACCUUCUGAUACAAAAAAAUCAUGAAUGUAAGUAGGGAGGAGCAUAUUCUAAAUCUUAACUUCUAAGAAAUGGAGUUCGACCAAUAUUGUGCAGUUUGAACCGUAAAACAACGCUUAGGUUACACGAUUCUACUCGUUCUUUUCGUUAGUCUUAAUCAACCUUCAUUAAUUUCGGUUGAAAAAAGAGAAAUCUCUGUCGUUUUACGAUGGACAUUUGUUUUCGAAGAAAAUUUAUAUUAACGAUAAAUUAUCGUUCAAUUUAUCGUCGAGGCGACAAAUAAUUAUGAUAAAUGUUUUUCGCGCAUUUGUGCAUAUCACAUUUCGACAUCGACAUCGAAUAAUAUUUUUUCUCUUAAAAAAUAAUACAUAAAUUAAUCCGAAAAUACGUAAAAUAUUUUAUGCUCUACCGAAAUUGCAUUACUUGUAUAGAUAUCCCUAUCUUGUAACAUUUCUCCUAAGUUAGUAUGAUUUAAGUAACAGCAACAAUGUUUUUGCUUUUUUUUUUACUGGUUAUAAUGGCGAUUUGGUGUGAACCGAUAUAUUGUAAAUCGCGUCAAAAGUAUUUUUUCCUACAAUAUAAGCCUUUUUAAUAAAA